CAAUAGGCGGCCGCCCCCUCACGUGACGUCACUGCGGGGAGCCGGGGACGGGCUCUACGGCAGCCGGGAAGCGGCGAUGUCGGGUGACGGCGAACGCUCCCCGUUGCUGCCCGCGGAGCUUGGCGAGCCUGGCACUCCCGGGGCCCUGGCCGGGCCUGGCGGGCUCGUCCCUUCCGCACCGCUCCCACCCUACGGGGCCCCCGCGGCAGGGAAGCCGGCCCCGCCCCAUGGCUUCCCACCGUUCCCAGACGGGCAUCCUGCUGUGCUGCCCGGUGAGGAUCCCCCGCCCUACUCACCCAUGGCCAGCCCUGACAGUGGCAGCGCCCCCAUGAUCACCUGCCGCGUCUGCCAGAGCCUGAUCAAUGUGGAGGGCAAGAUGCACCAGCACGUGGUGAAGUGCAGCGUCUGCAACGAGGCCACGCCGAUCAAGAACGCCCCCCCGGGGAAGAAGUAUGUGAGAUGUCCCUGCAACUGCCUGCUGAUCUGCAAGGUGACGUCCCAGCGAAUCGCCUGCCCCCGGCCCUACUGCAAAAGAAUCAUUAACCUGGGCCCGGUGCACCCAGGGCCCCUGAGCCCUGAGCCCCAGCCCGUGGGAGUGCGGGUCAUCUGUGGGCACUGCAAGAAUACUUUCCUGUGGACAGAGUUCACAGACCGCACCUUAGCCCGCUGCCCGCACUGCCGCAAAGUCUCCUCCAUCGGGCGCAGGUACCCCCGGAAGAGAUGCAUCUGCUGCCUCCUCCUGGGUGUCUUAGUGGCUGUAGCUGCCACAGGCCUAGCGUUUGGCACGUGGAAGCAUGCCCGGCGGUAUGGUGGGAUCUACGCCUCCUGGGCGCUGGUCAUUCUCCUGGCUGUGCUGUGCCUAGGCCGGGCCAUGUACUGGGCCUGCAUGCGAGUCAGCCACCCCGUCCAGAACUUCUCCUGAGCCACCCCUGCUGCAGGGAGCCCGUCCAUCUCAGCCAGCUUCUGCCCAGCCCCUGGUCCGCUCCUGUGCCUCUCGCCUUGGUUCUGCUCCCCUCCCAUCCCGCCGGACCCUGAGCAGGAGACCCCCAUGGGACGCGACCAAUGGAGGCGGCUGCGGUGGCCUCAAGGGCAAGGGGCCCACCAGGCCAAGAGGGCAGCUGAACUAUGGUAGCUCUGUCUGGACCAACCCGAGAGGGAGCUGGAUUACAGUGGCUCGGCUGGGACCCACCACCCAGGAGACGGGGAACCCACCCAGCCAAGGGACACUGGGUGACGGAGAUGGGCCCCGACCUCCCCCUUUCCCCCCAGCCAAGGAACACUGGGCGACAGAGGUGGGACCCCCCUUCCCCCCACCCCCCAAGGGACACUGGACGAUGGAGCUGGGACCCACCAACCCGAAGACCCCACACACCCAAGAGACACUGGACGAUGGAGACGGGACCCACCACCCCGGAGACCCCACAUACCUAAGGGACACUGGACAAUGGAGCUGGGACCCACUGCCCCCACCCAAGGGACACUGGACGAUGGAGCUGGGACCCACCACCCCAGAAACCCCACACACCCAAGGGACACUGGACUAUGGAGCUGGGACCUCCUCCCUCUCAUGACACCCCCUGCACCCAAGGGACCCUAGCUGACGGAGCGGCAACCCACCACCCCGGAUGAGGUGGCCAGAGGGAAGGAGGAAGCCCUCAUGGCUGCUAAGUCACUGGGGGUCCCAUGUCCCUCCUGAUGGGGCACUGCCAUGCCCAGCACCCCCUUGGCCUGCAGGGAAGUGGGGCAGGAGGGGGCCCCACAGCGGGGAGGCAUUGAGUAAAUUCUGGGGGGGAUGGGACCCGGUGGGGAGGGGAGCUGACAGCGGGGGAGAGGGGGGAUGAGAAGGAUUCAGCUCACUGCUGCUUCAUGGUGGGGUCAUCUCUUAGGCCACCGUUCACCCCACUGAUCUGUGCUCUGUCAGCCAUACCCCUCCUCCCCACAAGCCAGACAAUCCUCUGCCCUAGGGCCACAUUGGAGCUGGCGCCCUCUAGAGGGAACAGACCCCAUGUCCCAUUCCCUGCCCCCCUGAGCCAGUUAGUGUCUGCCCUGGGGCUGGAUGGGAGCUAGCCCCGCCUAGACGUGAAAGGCCUGUGCCCCUGCUCUGUUUAGGGACCAAAGGUAACUUUUAUUUGGGUGGGGUAGCUGGUGGGGAGCAGCCCCUGCCCUGAUCCUCCCCCUGGCAGGAGCAGCUGGGGGCACUGUCUCUAAUGCCCGGGGGGAAGCUGCUCUGGGUUUGUUCUUCCCUCCUCCCCACCCCUUUGCACAUUCUGGGGGGGGGGGGAGCCAAUGGGUAAUAGCCCCCUUGCAUGGGGGCCCUGAGCCUUCCCAGCAUGCCUCUGAGCUCCCCCACAGGGCUACCCCUUCCCAUCCAGCCCCUGACCUCCCCUUGGGCCGAUCGCUGCAGCCUGGGGAGCAGAGCGCUGCCCCCAUUGCUGCAUGGGGGGGUGUGAUCCUAACUCAACCCCGUCUCCUGCUCCCAAUUCCUCCCCUCUCCACACGGCCCUGCACCGGCUCCCUUGGCUGGGCCCUGCCUUCUCUGGUGUGUGGUUUGAGGAUCCCCAGUGGGAUGCAGGGGACCAGGGGUGAGCUCCCCAGAGGGCUGGUGAUGAGGGGUGCCUGGGGCUGGCCUCUCACUCGGGGAGGGAGACCGGAACGGUCUCAGUUCUUCAGGGAUCUUUGGGGGGUGGGACGUGGGGUUCACCCCUUUCCUGGGGCCCCCCACUGCUCUGGCUUGUACAUACUGACCAUUCCCCUGUACAUAGCUAUUUAAAUCCAGCCCCGGGCUUUCACCCCACCCCACCCUGUGCAGCGUUACUUUAACCCGGUGAGUCUGUCCCAGCCCUGAGGAGGGCCGGCCUGACUGAUGGAUGUCCUGACAGUGUAAAUAAAGAGAUUCCAUACGCCA